AUGACGCAGCGCCCAGCGCUGCUCAGCUCUGAUGGCCCGCUAAAUGUGGCACGGCGCGAGCUCAAUAUUAUCGCAGACAGCAUCGAGAUCCAAGGCAAGGACCCUGCGUGGGGCUCCAACGAGUGCAUGGACUGCACGCACACCUCCGCCGUUGCCUCGUGGGCGUCGUCGCCGACAAAGCUCGUGUUCCAGACGCAAUGCAACUUUGCCGAGUCGUAUAGCCAGCUCAAAGGCCGAGACCGCGUCUUGACCUCGGUGCUGCACGCCACGGGUCUUUUGGACGUGCACGUGGUCAAGGUCGAGACGGCCCGCGGAGGCUGCUGUCGCAUGUCGCCGGCGCAGCUGCAUCACAACCGAACGCGGCUCCACCGGUACCCGUACGGUGCCUACGACCACGGAAAGGACUGGCCUAACUACGCGUCGAUCGACGACCUCUGGACCGAGACAGUGACGAUGAAAUUGGACUUGUCGAUCGAACGCGUCCAAGACGGUGAAGGCAAGGAACCGAACGUCGAGUCAUACUUUCGCCGCUGCGUCCUCGUCGUGUGGCCGCAAAGCCGAUCGUUUCUUGCCGCAUGCAUGCCCAACCUCGCGCGCGCACUCGCUUCGGGCGCCGCAAGUUUGCCGCCGCGUGGUUCCGCGCUGGUCUUGGUCGCCGGCAAGGCCUCGGUCGUGACGCUCACCAAGACGAUGGACUACUGCCACGCGAUCGCUGCCAGCGAUGCGACCCAGCGCGACGAAGCCGUCGCACUCCGAUCGCUUCUGCAGGCAUCGUAG